AUGGGUUGCGACUGCUUACUGGUCAGUGCGGGAUAUUGUCUUCUAGGGUUUGUUGCUUACAAACUCGUCACCCUUGUAUAUAACAUCAUCUAUCCUUAUCUAAUUGGUGCACCUAUUGAUUUGCACACGACGGCAGGAGCCAAAUGGGCAGUUGUGACCGGUGCGACGGAUGGUAUUGGCAAGGCCUAUGCUUACGAAUUAGCCAGUAAAGGCUUCAACAUAUACCUUGUUUCUCGAACACAGUCAAAGCUCGAUGAAGUGGAGAAGGAUCUCAGCCAGAAAUACAAUAAGGUGGCAACUAUAGCGUUUGACUUUUGCACUGGCUCCGUAGAUGCAUACAAACCACUCCUUGAAGCUCUUGAUAAGGUUGAUGUUGGGAUUCUUGUCAAUAACGUCGGCAUGAGUUAUGAGUACCCAGAGAUUCUUCACGAGAUCGAAGGAGGUCUCCAACGCAUUGGCAACAUCACCACAAUUAACACUCUGCCUACAACUAUUCUUACCGCUCAUGUUAUCAAGCAGAUGUUACCACGUAAGAAAGGCAUAAUUGUUAAUGUCUCAUCUGCCGCCUGCUACAACCACAUGGCACUUUGGGCUGUCUACUCCGCUACCAAGAAGUAUGUGACAUGGUUGUCACAGAUUCUGCGUAUGGAAUAUGCGGAUAAGGGUAUAACUAUUCAAACAAUCUGUCCUAUGAUGGUGGCUACAAAAAUGAGCAAGGUUCGUAAAACAUCCUUCUUUGUACCCAAUGGUGAAGUGUUCGCAAAGUCUGCGGUUAGAAGUAUCGGUCUUAUUGAAGAAACUUCAGGUUGUCUGUCCCAUCAAAUCCAGGUGGAAGUGUCAAAUCUCAUCCCUGCCGUGGUGUUGAACAAGGUCAUUACUAACUUCAGCAAGGGAACACGACAAGCUGCACUCAGAAAGAAAGCUAAAUCUCAGUAG